AUGGAGGAACCUGAACAAUUCAGCCAGCUGGAGAAGGCGGCUCAGGCUGUGGCUAAAGCUACUGAGAACAUGGCAGCAUUAGCUUCCAGGCAAAUGCAUGAGACAGAGGAUGAAGUUUUUCACAUGGAGAUGUCCUCCCUGCUAGAGUCAUUCACUGUGUGUGGGCAGCAUGUGCUGCUGGCAGCUCAGAAACUGAGCAUUGAGCCAAGUUUAACUGAGCACAGAGAGGAGCUCAUCGCUGCUGUGCAAAAUGUUUUCCUCGGAGUAGUCAAGGUUCUCUUGGUGGAUGAUGAUGCUGCUGUCAGGAAAGUUAUAGCUGCUGCUGAUCAGGUUUUGGAGUGCCUGUCUGAAGUUGGCUCCUCCUCAGAUAUCAAAUCUCUGCUUAAGUCUUUCCAAAUGUUUUCUGAGGCUCUUCUUCUCCUCAGCAGACUGACAGUGGAGAGAGCAAAUUCCUUACAGGAUCCCAGACAAACAAAACAGCUCCUUGAUUCGUUGGACACCCUGAGAAGGUGCAUCUCCAUGCUGCACACGGCCAUGUGUACAACCAUCAAACACCCCACCAAUGAGCAAGCCCAACAAGCCAAGAGGUACAUUCUGAACCAGGUUCAGCACACCAUCGGUGACAUUACCGCAACCCUCAAGAGUGACUGCCACAGAGGACCACUGGGACCCUGUGGGUAUUAUACUGGGAAGCGUAACAGUCUGUUACAACUACUCACUAAUCCCUCCACCUCCUCAAUCCGAGAAAGCAGCUUUGACAGUCUGGUCAGAGAUCUUGUGUUUCAUUGUAUGGUUGUGGCAAACAUGUCUCGCAGAGAGCUUCAGCAAAGAGUGGUGUGCCACUGUCGUCACAUCCUGCAGUUCUGGUCUGACAUAAAAAGGAUUUUAAAGUCCUCAGAGGAUCCUGAUGAGGAGACCUGCACGUUCCUGGUCCAGCACAUACAAAUGCUCGAUGAAACUUUGACGACUACUGUUCUUUAUCAGGUCAUGGACACACUUAUUGCAGCGUCGUCUACAGCUGACAAACUUUUAAGAGUGAUCUUAGUUGUCGAUUCCCCUACAAAGAUGGAUCUAAACUUUAUUCAGCCAGACGUCGAGGAUUUCAUUUCUUCCACUGACAGAAUAAUCGAGGUUACAAAUUUUAUCUCAGCUAUUGCCGUUGAUGCUAAGAGGUUAGAGAAUGUGGAAAAUUCACGAGCAUGUCUUUCAAGACUCAGGGCUCAAAUCGCUCCUCUUUCACUGGAGCUGGCAGAUAACUCAAUGCAAACUGUUCAAAAGCUUCACGAAGUGUGUCAGAAAUGGGAGGAGGAGACUGAUCAGCUUCAGGAUGCCUUCAGUGAUAUAAUGGACGUGAGGGAGUUCACCAGCAUUGCUAUUAAUGAGAUGGUUAGUGACCGCCAUGGAUGUGACACAGCAUACAGAGAGCAAAGCUAUGAACAGUUUACUGAACAUGCAGCAAACCUGAUUUGUCACAUGAAGCUGGCGAUUCACUCAGUGAAGAGGCACUUGGAUAGAAGUGAUGAACCCAUCUAUAGGAAUGGCCUUUUGGUCCUGCUGAAGCAGGUUCAGUCAUCUCGAGCCAAAGUAGCCGAGUCAGUCAGAAACAUGCUUAAUGGAUCCGCUCUGAAUGUGGAAGCAUAUUCUACAUUUAGUGACAAUGUUUCCACGGUCGUUCAGGAUUUUAAGGUGCUUAGAGCAGGACUGGACGGCCAACAGCAUCCGCAUCUCCUGAGCCCACUGCGAGAGGGGGCACGUCAGCUUGAAAUCACACAGCCAUGUCUGCCAGUCAAAGACACCUGUGAACUGAAUGUGGAUGAUUUUUUAAGAGGCUCCGAUGUUCCUUUUUUUGAGCUUUUGGGAAAAGAAACCGAACAUAAGGAGCAGCACACAGAUCAGGGAACCAUAAAAGCGGAACCGGAUCAUAAAUAUGACAGCGAUGAUUUAAUGAUCCCAGCUGUCUCAGAUGAGCCUAUACUGAUCCGCAGGCCUCUCGAAUGUGACCUUUUACCCCUCUUGUAUGAAGUUGUAACUGUGACUAAAGGGAAAGACGUGACACUGCUCAGCCAGGCCUGCACUGGUGUUCUUGAGCUGUCAAACUGUUAUGCCCAAGCUGCAAAGGAAGCCUUGGCCAUUGUGGAUGCGGUUGAUUGUCAGACUUUGGAAAUCUUUAGGGCCGAGUUGGUGUCCCUGACCCCGCUGCUCGUCCAAACAGCUCAAGAGACAGCAAUGAGCUCAGCGAUGAGCACAGAGAGCAUCUUUAAACACAGCGCACAGUUUUCUGACCUUAUUAACAACAUCCGAAAGGUUUUGCUGCCAGCAGCUGGGACCUGGUAUCACACUGUUUACACUGAGCUGCAAGGGAAUCUGCCAAACAUGGCAGCCAGUUCUGCACAGCAACUAAAUGAAGCAAUGACUUUAUGUGCUGAUGUGGUCCAACUCGUGACAUCGUCUGAUUUAACCUCACAAACUGAUGGUCAAGAAACAUUCAACGUUUUACACGGCAAGCUGACCAAAGCCCAGAACAACACAAGGCAACUUAUAGAGUUUUCCACCUCAUAUGAAGGACAGGAUGAUCAGCUUGAGGGGAUUUGUAUCCUCUGGGGUCUCUCUAUUCAAAUUUUACUUAAUUCUCUGGAUAAGAUUUUAGGAACAUCAACUGCACUGAACCAUUUGAACCCUCAGAAGCAGCUCUCAGUGUUGUCUGAGAACUCGCUUCGAAUCCAAGAGGCAGCACGGCUCACCAGCUUGAAUUGCAAAAGUGCUUAUAGAUCAAAACAGUUAACAGAAUACCAGGAUGAACUGAAAACACUGACUGAGGCCUGCCUUAAAGCUGCAGAAGAAUUUGACAUAAUGCCAAGUGUGGCGCAACUUGCAAAAUCUGAAUUUUUUCAGAGAAAUCUUUUGAUUAAAAUUAGAGUGCUCUUUGGUCAUUUAAGCAAAGUGAAUAAGGACUAUGAUGCUACGUUUCAAAAUCUUCUCAGCAUUGUUUAUUUUGCUGCUGAACACUUCAGAGAGAACAACGCAGAAGAUACAGAGCAAACAUUUGAACACGCAGCACAAACGCUCUUUGAAAAUGUAAAAUCUGCAACCAGAAGAGUGGAGGACUGCUUAAACUACAUCCGUGACCCACGAGCGCGCUCCAAUCUGAGGUCCAUCAACGACCACCUGUCUUUUCAAAUCUCAGAUAUAAUCAGCAGGGCGAGGCUCAUGCUAGAGACUCACUAUAUUUGUGACACGCUCAGUCUGGAUGUGCAGAUACACUGCUGGUCAGCUAAAGCUCACUAUGUGGCGGAAGAGGUCAGGAAGCAAGAUGGGAUUCACCAAGAGGUGAAAGAGCACAUAAAGGCUGGACUACAGGGCAGAACACCUGAGGAUAUUGACAAAGUAUUGGCUACAAUCCCAUCUAAACUCAAGGAAAUGGAAUUUCCCGCUGACACAACAAUAACUUCAAACCAGAUAGGCAAUACAGAAAAUGUAGAUGCUGCAGAAAGCAGUAUAAAUAUGGCAUCUGUGGCCAAAUAUGGACCUGGAAUUACUGGAAAAGAUGAUAGUGCUACAUUUGGUUUGUGCAAAGAAGCCUCAUCGCUGACCUACACCUCACUUUUUCUAAAGCAAGAAAGCAACAGCUGGGAUCCCAAGGACAACAGAAUAGUUCAGGUGACCAGGAAGACGGCUGACACAGUUUGUUACAUGACUCAGUACUUGAAGAAAAAAGGUCCAAUACCGAAUAAAGAGGCUUUUGUCUCUGCAGCCAAAGAUGUGAUCGCAAACUGCCAGUCAGUUACCCAGUUUAUCAGAGUUAUUGCCAACCACAGCCUCGACAAACAGUGCACAGUUGAACUCUCCCUCAUUGUUGAGCAGAUUCUCACCAUCACCAAUCAGCUCAGCAUCAUUUCCAGUGUCAAUGCUGUAACUCCUGGGUGCAAAUCAUCUGAUGAGAUCCUGGUGAAGAACGCACAAAAUCUACUCCAGACUGUCUUGCGUGGGGUCCGUGCUGCAGAAACGGCCUGCAUUAAAGGUCUGAAGCAGCCUGAGCCAAAUUCGGAUGGUGCAGAAGCUACAGCUUUGUGUUUCCAGUGGAAGAGGAACCUGGAGAUCCAUCGAGCCCAGCAGACCUCUAAUCCAGAGACCGAUGAUCUGGGACUGAGGAAGACGUCAGCACACCCUUUAGCCCCUAGUCUUGCCCCGCGGGUUAAUGUAUGAGACAGCUACAAGUGAUCGCAAUCUUCUUUUUCUUUUAAGUGUCUCGAGAUUAAUGUUUCAUGUGUUCUGCUAUGAGAAAUCAGCAGCAUGAAUCUCACUAAAAACAUUUUUGUACUAGAGCUGGUAGUUAAAAAUAUCCUCAUGCACACUGAGAUGACACAUUGCAACUUUGGUGUGUGAUUCUGAAAUAAAACUGGCGCCGU